UGAGCUGUCUGUCUUUGACAGAUAAAGCAUCAAACCGAAAUUGAAGAAUUUUAUUUUUAUUCGUGUUGACUACUGUUGACCGCCGUCUGAGAGUUUUGUUACUCUCGUGGAUUUUCGCAAUCUCUUGUUUCAUUAAAAUAGUAUUUUGUUAACUAGACUAUCAAGCAUCACACACACAGCAACUGGUUUCGGUUAAGUGUCCAACUGUUCGUGCCUCAGCUCAAAAUCAUUAUAACGAUUUCGAAGUGAACAAAACUCGGCAAAUCAAAUCAGACAGGACUUUUAUGCAAGUUACUUAAUAUAAUGUGUAUCAGAAUAAUUCUUUGCGUACCUUUAUAGUUACAACAUUCAUUAUCGGAAAAAACAAAGCACGUGUAAUUUUUAAAAUGGAUAAAUUAACUGAUCAAACCAUGGAAAGUGUGGAGAAACGUAUAACUCCAUCAGUACCUACACCUGACUGGAGCACCAAUAUGAACCAAGAGAUAGAGAUAAGUAACUCAAACAAUGGAAAUAACAUAAACAUUCAUCAAACACCAAGUCAGAUUGGCUCCAAUAAGUCGGUACCGGCCACUCCAGCCAUCCCAAGUUCCCAGUCUUAUGUGGCCGGUGAGGUGGCACUAACACCUACCCACAGCAGUUUCACACCACAGGCUGUUAACCCACACAGUGCCAUGACUGCUAUCACCCCUAUGGUUAGCGGAACUAAUCAAGCUAGAAACAGUAUAAAAGUUCAGAACUGUGUUUCAACUGUACAUCUUGGCUGUGAGUUAAAACUAUUGGACAUUUAUUGUAGAACUCGUUUUUCUGAAUACAAUCCAGCCAGAUUUCAUGGUGUAGUCAUGAAAAUGAUUGAUCCAAGAGCCACAGCAUUAGUGUUUAGAUCUGGAAAAGUACUCUGCACAGGACUAAGAAAUGAACAUGAUUCAUAUAUAGCAGCAAGAAAAUUUGCCCGAAUUAUACAUAAACUUGGAUACCCUGCAAAGUUCUUGGAUUUUAAAAUACAAAAUUUCAUAGCCACAGCUGAUUUAAGAUUUCCCAUUAGGUUAGAGGCAUUACAACAGGCUCAUGGUCAAUUUGCAUCAUAUGAACCAGAAUUGUUCCCUGGUCUAGUUUAUAGAAUGGUGCGACCUAGAGUUGUUUUAUUAAUAUUUGUUAAUGGAAAGAUAGUAUUCACAGGAGGCAAAACAAGAGGUGAAAUUAAUGAAGCCCUGGACAUAAUAUAUCCAAUAUUGAGAAGCUAUAGAAUAAGUUAAAUAGAUUUAUUUAAGUAAUAUUGCAAUAUCGAAUGGCAAAUUUUAUUAUUUUGUAUUGU